CGCUGUGCAGUGCAUGAGAUGCGGCCUGCAACUUAAAUACCAACUAGUUAAAUCAUAAAACGCUUAGAAUGGAUCGCUUGAAGCCAGGUGUAAAGCGCCCACCAAAAGGCAAAGGCCAUGCCCCACCAAUGGAUGUGAUAGCACUGGGGGCUAAAGGAAAAACUGGAUCAGAUCCCAAUAUCUUUCAAGCCACUCAGCCAAAGAAAUUACUUCCACCCACCAAACGUGAUGUACCCGGAGGACUGGGGUCCAGUUUACUUUCCAAGAAGCCUAAACUCAGCACUGCACCCAUGCCCCUGGGCAGAGGGUUAGAAGGGAAAGGCUCUCCUGCCAGACAGACUGUAUUGUAUGAAGAGAUAGCCAUUGACAGUGACCCGUCAGACUUUCUGGACAGCAUUCUAGAGGCAGAAGAGAUGGAGAGUGAUGAAAGGCUUGAGGGUUUGAUAUGUGGUGCUGUGAAGCACUUGAAAGCUAAUAGAGCCAAGCCUGCUCCUCCCUUGUACCUCAGCCUAAUGUAUCUGUCCAAGAGUAGAGCCUCUUUGUUUGGGAGUGAGGUGGUCAUGGAUGCUUUUUGCAGCAUCUUAAAGAGGGAUGUAUCCAUUAAUUUCAAAGCUAAAGGGAAUGCACUGGUCUCUGUGUUGGCUUGCAAUGUACUCAUGGCUGCAUUCCAAGAUGAAGAGAACUGGCCUGAUGCCUUUCUCAAGGUGUUCAUUGAAGACUCUAUAGGUGAGCGCAUCUGGGUUGACAGAGAAGAUUGCAGAGGUUUUGUGGAGAAUAUACAGUCAGCAUUCAACACAAGAAAACCAACAAGAGCCAUUACUGCAGCACUGGAUAAACCUGACCUCCCAACAGUUUCUAGCCCAGUUGUACUUGAUGAAGACAGCCAGGGGCAGUCAGACUCUGGUAGCAGACCAGGCUCUUCACUGGCUGCUGAUGCCGCACAAGAUGUUCCCAUGUAUCCCAGAUACAUGUACCAGCAUGAGAGUAUAGAGAGCUAUGUGCUGGAGGUGUUAAGAGAUCAGUUAACAAGGAGGCAGGGAAUGGACACCAUAUCCAAACAACUGCUGAAGUUGAUGACAGCCACUUGUGGUUACAGUGAGGUCAGAGUUCUGGCUUCCCAGAGACUGGAGAUGUGGCUACAAAACCCUAAAUUGAGCCGUACAGCCCAGGAUCUGCUGAUGUCUGUAUGUGCCAACUGCAGUGAACACAAUCACCAUGAUGUGGAAGUCAUGGGGAACCUGUGCAAGAUUAGACUGAAGAUGAAACCAGUGGUGAACCAUUACUUGCUGUGUAUAAAAGAGCUUCUUGGUCAGCAUCCAGAUAACUUAAAGACCCUGCUGACCCAUACUAUCUACAAUGAGCUGUCCAACACAAGGAACCCCAACAACAUGACCAUAUUGGGGGUCAUAUUCCAGUUUGCCCCAGAGGAGGCACCAAAGCUAUUGGCAGAGAUAUUUCAAGACCUACUAGCAAACAAGGAUGACUACCUGAGAGCUUUGAGGGCUUUGUUCAGAGAGAUAGCAAGGUCUCUGAGAUAUGAUGUGAACUUCCCAGCAUUUGCUCUGGGCUUGAUGAGGGAAAGAACUGAACUUAAAUUCAUGGAGUUAGAUGGCCCUCUGAAGGAUCGUCUGCUCCAAGGACUGACAGAUUUGAUCUCUUUGUGUCAGUUACUAAGUAUCACACCAGGAGUGCGUGAGGCUGUUACUGCACAGGCAAGAGGUGAUCAGAGAGAUAUGGCAAUUCUGCGGCAAUUCCAAAGUCAAGUUGCCAUCAUACAAAGGGACAGCAUAUGGUGGCUCCACACUGUGGUCCCAGUCAUGUUCAGGAUUAAACAGAAUGACUAUGCUCACUGUAUUCACAAAGUUCUCUUCAUGGAGCAGCCAGAGCAGUAUUACAAGUUGGACAACUGGCCACCAGAGGGAGAUAGAAACAUGAUGCUUCGUCUGACAUCAGAAGUUCCUGUCCUUGAAGAUACCCUGAUGAGAAUUCUGAUCAUAGGUCUGGCUAAGGAGCUGCCCAUCAGUGCAGUGGAUGCUCUGGAGUUAGCUGAUCAGCUGGUGAAGAGGGCAGCAGCACUGCACACAGAGGGUUAUGAUGUAUUACAUGUGGAGAGACUGGAGCUGAUAGAUGCCUUACUCAACCUGUGUACCUACCACCACCCAGAGAACAUACAGCUUCCAAAGGGGUAUAAACCUCCCAUGCUGGCCAUCUCAAACUCUUUUUGGAAAGCAUGGAUUAUGUUGUUGAUAAUUUCUGCUUUUAAUCCUGCAACAUUUGGUUAUGCUGCCUGGGAAAAUUAUCCAACUCUCAAAAUGAUGAUGGAGAUGGUGAUGACAAACUCUUUCCGUUUUCCUCCACCCACUGUGACAACUGAUGAGAAAACCAUUGAUGAAUAUAAAGCAAAAGAAAAGCAGAUUGCCCAGCUGGAGAAACAGGAAAUCCUUCAGUUUGAGGGCUACCUGGCAGCAGCUACCAGUAAGAUGACUAUCACAGAACAAAACAGCCAUCUUAUCUCCCAGCUGACAUCUAUGGAUCCUAGAGGAUUAGCCAGAAAGCCACCAUCUGCCGUUCUUGAACAGUUGCGAGUGCUGAACAAAACACUCAAAGUUGGACAGCUGCUAUGCAGAAGUAGAAGUCCUGAUUUUUUACUGGAUAUUAUUCAAAGACAGGGUGCCUCCCAGUCCAUGCCAUGGCUGGCUGAGCUGGUGGAGUCCAGUGAGGGUUCCCUGGAGAUCCUUCCUGUCCAGUGUCUCUGUGAGUUCCUGCUGCAUGAGACUCCAGAGAUAGAUGACCUGGAAGAGGAGGAGGAAAGCAAGGCAGAGAAAUUCAAAAAGAAGCAGAAAUUGAAGAAACAAGAGCAGUUGCUAUCCAGGCUACAAGCCCUGCUUUUCUCUGAGGAUAGUGACCCAAAGACGGUUGGUGAAGUUCUCAACUACUUCCUGAAGAGACUCUCCUCACAGCAGGUGGCAUCCAGGGCUCUAGCUCUUAAGGGUUUGAACAUGGUGCUGUCUAAGUGUCACCUGUAUGCCUCAGCUCAAGAGAUGGAGACAGACGAUGAUGAGCUGGCAGGUGCCUUCCCAUCUCACAGAUGGCUACUGGUCCAGCUAUGUACUUUACCACUGUUUAACUAUGUGCGGGAGCAGGCUUGUCUUGCAGUUAGACAGGCAUGUCAGGUAGAGACGGAUGUUUCUGCCGUGAGUGCAUACAUUGUGUUCCUGUCAGGGCAGACAUCUGGAUAUCAGCUUCAACAGAUGGAUGAUCUGGCUCUAGACAUAGCCCAGGUGAUAGUAGAGAGGUCCACCAUCAUUGGUCAUAUCCUGUCCGAUGGUCAUCAUUCCACCCCAAAGCAGGACUAUGUACUGACCGCUCUGAUCAAACUAUUUGUUAACUAUCUCAGGAAGGCCAGAGAACCAGAAAAACAGGCUUAUUCUUGGUCUGACACACAGGACCAAAUCAUCCUGCAGUGGCAGACAGGGGAGUCAGCCACCAUGCAUGUGCUAGUUGUCCAUGCCAUGAUCAUAUUACUGACCUUUGGACCUCCACAGUUUACCACUGAGGGGAAACCUUUGUUUGAAGAGUUGUUGGAGACCUGGUUCCCAGUGUCAGGUGCCCCUCCCUCUGCCUACUUAGUUGACACAUCUGAGGAGGCCCUGCUGCUGCCUGACUGGCUGAAACUGAAGAUGAUCAAAUCUGAUGUUCAGAGACUGGUGGAUGCAGCUCUGCAAGACCUAGAGCCUGGACAGCUGCUUUUGUUUGUCCAAUCAUUUGGUAUCCCUAGAGAGAGUAUGAGUAAGCUUUUGGCCAGUCUUGACCAUGGUGCACAGGUGGACAGCCAGAGUUUGGGAGCCAUGGUGAUGGACAAGGGGUACAUGAAUCAGUUGAUCCAGGUUCAGAAACUGAGAGGAGCAACAGGAGGGGAGAGGUUCCAACAGCUGUUGAUGGAGGGAAGAGAAAAGGAAGAAAAAGGUGAUACUGAAAUGAAGCCCGACAAGAAAUCUAGAACAUUCUCGCAGAUAUUCAGGAAAGAAGAGCCUUUUACAAUGCCUGGGGAUGUCAGAUCUGUGGAAAAAUUGUUGUGGAAGAUUUUUGGCUUUCAAGAAGGUCCAAAUGGAAAAGAAGUGAAAGAACAACAUAAGCAGCUUAUCAAGAAAAUAUCAGUUGAAGCUGCAGUUUCAGAAUUAGUCACCCAAUCUUUAAGAAAUAUGUUAAUGGGUGAUAAAGGUGCUGAAUUGGCUACAAGUCUUCACAAACAGACAACAGUGGCUUGUCCUCUUUUUAGAAUACUGAUGGCAAAACAGAAGAACCCAGCUCUGACCAGCCUCAUAGAAAGGUUACAUAAGUUAUCCCUGGAGAUCAAGUCUCCUCUGACCUCUCUGCUGGUCCAGUACUUGACCACUGUGUCUGGCCAGAGACCAGUGAGCAGUGAAGUCAGAGAACAGGUGAAACAGUUGAAAACUGCAGGGCAAGUGGAUGAGGAAAGGCUACAGAGAGCAUUGACAAACAAGGAGAAAGUGGAUGAUGGUCUUAUGGAGAAGUUUGUGCAAAUGUGUAUGUCUGACAGCAUGGAGAAUAAGAGCACUCUCACCAGAUCAAAGACAAUGGCUACCUUGCUGGUGCAAAAAGACAGUGAAUUUACAUCCAAGGCAAACACAAGUACGGAGCAAUCUGGAAAUUUUGCUCUCACUGAAGACACAGUAAUUCCAUCCAGCACUGCUGGACUACUCAUAGAUUGGUUGGAGCUACUGGAUCCUGAGAUCAUUCAGGCUUCCCCAGAGAUUGAGCAGCAGCUACUCUUUGCCAGGAGGCAGCACGAUGCAAGACAAGGAGACAUCAAGAAUGGUAGUACCAGAAAGCAUGGGCAGCCAUACCUGCUUGCUCUACUGACACAUCAGAGUAACUGGAUCACACUCCAUAGGUGUAUCAGCUGUCUGCUGCAACCUGGGGAUAACAGACAAUACUGUGCUUCCAAUGUAUUAGAUUUCUUGUGGGCUUGUAUCCACAUUCCAACAAUAUGGCAGGGAAGGGACAGGAAGCUACCCAAGAAUUCUCAGCCAGAAGACAUCCUCUGUCUGACAGAGCAACAACUGAAGAGAGUCAUUGAUUACAUUUUGGAGGAAGCCUCUGAGAAAGCAGAUAAGCUUGUCCUGGAGUUGAUAGGCCAGAGGCUCCAUCUUUUGACAGCUUGUUGCAGUGACAGGACUGAUCUCAUUAAAUUCUCUGUACAAUACCUACAGGAUAUUAUCAAGAAAGCUGGGAGUAUUGGUUCCCUGGCAAAGCACCUGUUACUGGAGAUCUACCUACAAAAACCCUAUGCCUUGGCAUGGCUGGACGACACAGCUACACUGCUGGGAGAUAUGAGCUCUACUUUAAAGAGUGGAAGCCAGUUGGAUAUCAUCUCUCAUCGCUUGAUCAGUACCCUGAGCAUGGCGCGCCCUGGGAAACAAGUGGCAGAAAAGAUGUUUGAUGCAAACAUCGCUUGUAGAAAAAUGGCUGCAGAACACCCUGCGUUACUUUUAAGACAACUCCCAAUGAUAGCCUCCAUAUUAAAGGGCAGAAUUCACUUUGCAUUUGGGGAGUUUCAGCACAGAAACUACACCUUGUUAUUUACACAUGUUCUGGGCAUUCUUGAGCUGCUGGCGCCAUCUAUCUUUCACAGAGAGUAUCAGGCACUGGAGGAGGUUCUGGCUUCAUAUUUUGAAGUUAUCAAAGUUCAUGGUUACAAGAAGCAGCUGGCCCCUCUGAUCAUCAAGUACAUCCAUUUCCUGCAUCAGUUCAUGCACCAUGAUAAAACCAGAGCCAUCAGCCUGCUUAGGCCUUUUGCCAGUCUGCUGGGAGAUCUGUCGGAGCAGUAUCCAGACCUUGCCAUACUGAAGUCACUGAGGGCUGGCCUGACCUUACCUACCCCCUCAGCUGGGGAGGGGGAGGUCACACCUGAGGCUGACACCUGUCUGACACCUCCCAGGUCAACAUCCCCUAUCCCCAUGACACAGCUGGCACCUUUCCUCAAGAAGAUCAGCAAAGAGGCCAAGUUGGAAGAUGUGCUUGAGGUUUUGGAGGAUUUGGACAACACAUCUAAAAGAAAAGUAGAUGUGUUGGAACAUUUUAUGGGGGAUUUGAAGAGACUGAUGUUGUCAGAGAGUGACAAGUGCAGGAAUACAGCCCAUGCCUUGGUGAUGAGAUACAUAAGGCAAAAACCUAGCGUUGGGGAUGAUGUCAUAGCUACAUUUCUACACUGCAUAGAGAACAGCAACCCAGAUAUUGUGAAUUCUGCUUUAAAGAAUCUGCCAGAGUUUGCUGUGCUUUGUCAGAAUCAGGCCGGUAUUUUGAUGCAGAAAGCAUUUGCUGCAGGUGUAAAAAGUAAGAUAGACGCUGGAUCAUACAUCAGUGAAACACUGCAAAUGCUGAACUUGGAAAGCAUGACGGUGUAGAGAGUGAAAAUAAACACUGUUCUCUGUGACAGUCAAGCAGUACUAAUGCUGAUCUUGAAAAAAUAUAUCAAGGUUUCCUCUUUUGUGCCUUGGAAAUGAAUUUCUGAAACGGCUGUUAUUACAUUUGAUAAAACUUAACUUAUUUUUGUAAAGACAGAUUCAUGAAUAUCGCUGAUGUUUAUAGGCAUAAAACAUCUUUAGAUUUCUUUUUUUUCUCAAAAGCAUUCAGUUUUUCACAGAUCAUGAAUUAUGAAAAAAUAUGAAAAUAUGUGCUGUAAUAAGUGAUAUGAUUUGUGGUAACUUUGUCUUGUUGUGAGGCAAUGUUUUCUUUGAAAUCAGUUUUAUCAGAGAAGGAUAAAAAAUCAAGAAAAUUCUAUAAGACAUUUUGUAACAAUUUUUUUGGAUAACGAUGGUGACAUACAGAACACCCCUGUAAUAAGCAGCCACGUUAUUAGAACCAACUAAAACUGCAACUUUAGUCAAGUAUGUAGUUUGAGUAAAAUACAAUAAUUAUGUAAAAUUGCCAAAUGUGUGUAAAGUGAAUAUCCGUAUAUGAUCAUCCCACACAUGAACAUGUCAUCCAGCGUUGUAGAGGUCGUUUCAUUACACCCAUUUUACAACCUGGAAUGUACUCGGCAAGACCUAUACAUUGCCUCACCACAUCGACGCUAUCUUAGAGGACCAUGGAAUUUGUGUUAAACGCAAAGAAAUAGAUAUGUUGUCUGCCAUUUAUAGUGAAACGCAAAAUAAUAAAUAAAGAAACUUGGCAGUAAUGCUGACCUGUUACAAAAAUA